AUGUCGAGGCAAGGAGGGAAGGCCAAGCCGCUGAAGGCGCCCAAGGUCGACAAGAAGGAGUACGACGAGAGUGAUCUUGCUUAUUUGCAGAAGAAGAAAGAGGAGGAAAAGGCACUGAAGGAGCUGAAGACCAAGGCACAGAAGGGCGCAAUUGGAGGCUCGGGUCUCAAGAAAAGUGGAAAGAAAUGA